CAGAUCAGAGGUAUCCUCGAAGCGUAGAAGAAGAACCUCUUCCGCUAUUUUCUCGGCUCCCGCCCCGCUCCGCCAUCAUGAAGCCCUGAACAAAAAACGAAUGUCGACCAAAAUGGGGAUAACGCCAGCCGGGGAUCAAACCGUUUAACGUCGUGACAGUGCAAAGCGGAGCAUGGAGUGGACACCUGGGAAUUUAUGACACAACCCCACGAUGAAGACUUCCCGGUCGGCUCUUUUUGUUAAUUGCUAACUACGGCUAAUUAGCCUCUCCGACUGUCCAAAGUAGACAAGCGCCGCUCUUCCCCCUCAGCUAGGUGGCUAGCUUAGCUCUGACAAGCGGCUGGCUGUCACUGCCGCUGACAUUCAUGUCAUCUCAGGCUGCCGGCUGCACAAUUGACUCGGAGCGACGGGAUGGCGAGGACUUCGAGUAACAGACCAAAUGCAGUCUGCUCGCGUUGAGUAGACAUCAGCGCCGGGGGGUGGUGCUGGGAAAGAGGAGUGAGAUACCUAUAUUUUUCUCCAAUCAGGCCAGUUAGCUAGCUUCAGCUAGCUACAGUGGAUCCCAAAAGCCACGGCGCUGGCCAUGCCAUCGAGUGUGCGGGCCGGGAGCCUGAAGGACCCGGAGGUGGCUGAGCUCUUCUGCAGGGAGGAUCCUGAGAAGCUCUUCACAGACCUGAGGGAGAUUGGACAUGGGAGCUUCGGUGCCGUCUACUUUGCCCAUGACAUCCGCACCAAUGAGGUGGUGGCCAUCAAGAAGAUGUCCUAUGGUGGCAAACAGUCCAAUGAGAAAUGGCAGGACAUCAUCAAAGAAGUCAAAUUCCUCCAGAAACUGCGGCACCCCAACACGGUCGAGUACCAUGGCUGCUACCUGAGGGAGCACACGGCGUGGCUGGUGAUGGAGUACUGCUUGGGCUCCGCUUCUGACCUUUUGGAAGUCCACAAGAAACCCCUCCAAGAGGUGGAAAUAGCUGCUAUUACCCAUGGUGCACUUCAGGGACUGGUCUAUCUUCACUCUCACAACAUGAUUCACAGGGAUGUGAAAGCAGGAAACAUCUUGCUCACAGAGCCGGGUCAGGUCAAACUGGGUGACUUUGGUUCUGCAUCCAUUGUCGCUCCAGCCAACUCCUUUGUGGGAACACCUUACUGGAUGGCCCCUGAGGUGAUCCUGGCCAUGGACGAGGGUCAGUACGAUGGCAAGGUGGAUGUGUGGUCACUUGGCAUUACCUGCAUAGAGCUGGCGGAAAGGAAGCCUCCCCUGUUCAACAUGAAUGCUAUGAGUGCCUUAUAUCACAUUGCCCAGAAUGAGAGUCCCGUGUUGCAGUCAAAUCACUGGUCGGAUUAUUUUCGCAAUUUUGUGGACUCAUGCUUGCAGAAGUUGGUCCAGGACAGACUUACCUCUGAUGUGUUGCUCAAGCACCAUUUCCUAUGCAGAGAGCGUCCCAUGACCGUUGUGAUGGACCUCAUUGCACGUACCAAGGAUGCUGUUCGCGAGCUGGACAACCUGCAGUACCGGAAGAUGAAGAAAAUCCUCUUCCACGAAGCCCACAAUGGCCCUGCACCAGAGGGGGCCGAGGAGGAAGAGGACGUGGAGCAGUACAUGCUGCGCACGGGAACGGUCAACAGCAUGGAGAGCUCCCACUCGCUGCCAUCCAUGUCCAUCAGCGCCAGCUCCCAAAGCAGCUCCGUCAACAGCCUGGCGGACGGUUCAGACGACAGCGGCGAGAUGGCCAUGAUGCAGGAGGGCGAGCACACAGUCACCUCUAACAGCUCUGUCUUACACAAGCCGCUGAGCCACGACAACAUCUAUGAUGACCCUUAUCAGCCAGAGGUUGACUCACAACGAGAUGCCUCGUCUGCUGGUGGUGGUGGUGGUGGAGGAGGAGGAGGAGGUGGGGGUGGGAGACGUCGUCGAGGCAGAGACCAUUUCGCUACCAUCAGGACUGCUUCGCUUGUUACUCGCCAGAUCCAAGAACAUGAGCAGGGGUCGGCCUUGAGGGAGCAGAUGUCUGGGUACAAGCGUAUGCGCCGGCAGCACCAGAAACAGUUGAUGGGCCUUGAAAACAAGCUGAAAGCAGAGAUGGACGAGCACCAGCUGAGACUGGACAAGGAGCUGGAGAACCAGAGGAACAGCUUCUCUAUGGAGGGUGAAAAGUUAUCCAAAAAGCACUCCGCUAUCAUGGACAAGGAGACAAAGGCGGUCCUAACUGAGGAGAAAAAGUUCCAGCAGCACAUACUCGGCCAGCAGAAAAAGGAGUUGACAAGUCUGCUGGAAUCACAGAAACGACAAUAUCGACAACGCAAGGAGCAGCUUAAAGAGGAGUUGAACGAGAACCAGUCAACGCCCAAGCGGGAGAAGCAGGAGUGGCUGGUGCACCAGAAAGAGUGUCUGCAGCAGCUCCAAGCAGAGGAGGAGUCAGGCCUGCUGAGGAGGCAGAGGCAGUAUUAUGAGCUGCAGUGUCGCCAGUACAAGAGGAAGAUGCUGCUGGCACGACACAAUCUAGAGCAGGAUCUGAUCCGUGAGGAGCUGAACAAGAAGCAGACCCUGAAGGACCUGGACUGUGCUAUGCUGCUGCGCCACCACGAGUCCACCCAGGAACUGGAGUUCCGCCAGCUGGGUCUGGUGCAGCGCACCCGGGCCGAUCUGAUCCGCACGCAGCACCAGACGGAGCUCACCAACCAGAUGGAGUACAACAAGCGGCGUGAGCAGGAGCUGCGUCAGAAGCACGCCGUGGAAGUCCGCCAGCAGCCCAAGAGCCUCAAAGUGAGUGAGGGUGGCACCGCCCAGAACCAGGGGUGCCCCGAGGAGUCCUCGGGCCAUGCGACAGAGGGUCAGAACGGGGAGGGGCCGCUAGAAGCCUCAGUUGAGGAGUUAGAAAAGAUGGAUGAGACCAAAGACAGGAAGCUUGAUGGAGAAGUUGAAUUUAGAGAUGAAGAGGAAGAUGAGGGCAUCAAACAUGUGGAUGACUUGUCAACCAGCAGAAGAGGCUCAGAUGAGAAAGAGGGGUGGGAGAUGAGGGAGGUGGAAGGGGUUCAGUGGGAAUAUGAGGAAGAUGGAGGUCAGACUGCACACUUAGAUGAAGAGGAGGGUAGAGGCGUGGCGGAUGGUUGCCCAUCUGAGCUCAUGCCCGCACUGUCCCUUGAAAAAAGACGUCAGCAUGUGUUGGACGACUUGUCUGAGUUUUACUUCCCUGAUGCCAUAGAAGAGCUGGAGCCCAUUCCCCCCGGCCCUCCCCCUCCACCACCACCGCCAGAGUCCUCCCUCCCGUCGCUCUUCUCCCACGCCGUCUGCCUCCUCCUCUCGCUGUCGGCCGCCGCCCAGCCCUCCAACCUGACGCUGCUGCUCCUCACUGUCUUUCUCCUCUCCUUGCGGCGCUCGCCGCCGCUGCCCUCGCUGGCGUCCCUCCUGCUGUCGGCCGAGCUCGCCCUCCUGGCGCACUUCUUCUCCUACCUCCUCCUCCGCUCCUGCUGCUCGCUGUCCUUCUCCGCCUAUCUGUCGCUGAGCCUGUGGGCCAGUGGCCUCUUUAGUCUGGGGCUGUCCCUCAGCCUGGGCAUCUACUACAUCCCCAUGAUUUUAGUCUCCGCCUCCUUCCUCAGCUCCCCCUCCCUCUUCUUGUCGCUCUACCUGCUGGUGGUGCUGGUUGUCCGGCCGGUCCGCGACUUCUUCCAGCAAGCACCCCGCAAAGUCAACCGACUGUGCAUGCGGGUGCUUUUCCGCCUUCCCCGACCGCUCUUCGCCAUGUGCCAGUCACUCCUCGGCGGCGUGGCUGAGCGAAGCCUCUAUGAGAUGUUCCCAAAAGCAGGGCGUAACUGGGGUGUGCGCCAGUCCAAAAUCCCUGUCCCCCUGAAGAGUCUACCUUCCAAACAUCAGGCUCGUGGCACAGGCCACUCCCCGCUGGCACAGGGCGCCCUCUGGGUGAAGCGAUUCAGCCGACGGCCACUCGGGGUGCUUGCCGACUUGGCGAACUCGCUAGUGCUAAAGCUAGCUCGGCAGCUGGUCAAAAAGCUGCCGGUGGGCGCGCGUCUCCGGCUGAGACGCGUGGGCCUUCUAAAGGAGGAGAGGCCCAGCAGGCUGCCUCGACUGCUCCCUCGUGAAGUGAGGGAGAGGAGGAUGAGGGAGCGAGUGAGGCGGGAGAGGGAGAGGCGGCGGAGGGAGGAGCGGGAAAGGACGCUACGCGAUGAGGCCAGGUGGGAGUGCGGCCUCAGGCGAACGUCCUCGGGAAGGUUUGUCAGAGGGAAGGUUCGCCCGUGGAGAUAAGUGCUCAUGCUGCACUGUGGGGGUCUCACCAGUUACUGUACCAAACAUUUCCUUAUUGUGCUUUUUGUAAAAGUUCUUUUUUGUUCUUGAUUAGUAAGACAAUUUCAAAUUGUUACUUUUUAUUUCUUAUGUGUGUGCAAUUUGUUUUUCUGACUUUAUGGAUCAAAUAUCACAGUGUUAUCUUUAAAGCUGUGGACAAUCAGUCUGUCCCAACGUCGCCCUAAAUAGUGAACACUAUAGCUUCAAACGUGCAAUAAACAGCUCUGUAGUCCACACAAAUAUCACAUAUUACAAUAUUUGCUUCCACUUUCAUCUUUUAUUGCGGUUUAUGCGAUAAUGUUGUUAGGAUUUACCAUGUAAACAUGUUCUUAUGUUAGUUAUAUGAAGCCAUUGGGUGCCUAUGAAGAUAUAUUUGCACAAAUGUCUUUAAUAGGCUAUUGUAUGUUAAGAUUGAAAUAAAUAUUGGAAGAGUCAAAAGGCCUUUUUAUAUAAAUUCAACAUGUUAUUUAUCUAAAGCCAUAUCUUUUACACAGAUUAUAUCCAAAGACUGAUAAAACUACUGAAUGUGAAAGUUGUGAUAUUAGAUGAAGACUUAAACUUAAAUGUCAUUUUUGCAUUUACAUAAAAAAAAAAAAAUCCAAACGUCCCUUUGGUUGGACCAAAAGACCCAUAAAAUCAUUUAAAUGAAGGUUAAAACAUGCAGAUAGACAUGUAUAAUUUACAAUGAUUGUGGUUCAUAGAAGAAUACAAAUGCACAUUAGUGAUGACAUUUCUGUAGUUUGAGAUGUAAGUUAAAGAGCAAAACUUCCUCAGGAGAAAAGACUUAGUUUGCUUUCUGGGGUCGCAAACAAGCUUUAAAUGACAUAUUUCACGUCAUAUUUUAUUUGACAGUAACUUAUUUUUUAUUUUAUGCCAUUGUGUUUGACGAUCCCUGUUCCUCUGUUUACAUGUUUGUAUUGUGUUGUCACCUUUUAUACUUAAGUGAAGCAGUAUUUCUUUCAGACAAGAACUGCGUUGUUUGGUAGCUUUUGUUUUAAAUUACUGUAUUAUUCACAUUUGGAAAGCAUAAAAAAAUCUUUGUCACACGUUUUUUGUGCACCAAAAUAAAUU